AUGUCUUCAACAUCACUGCUGCGCAUCGCGGCACGCGCCCAGCCAUCUACCUUCUUCCGCUCCAAUGGCCUCCGCAGCCUGACACCUCGCACCUCGAACGCACUCUACGCUGUGCCUGCCCUCCUCGCAACCGCCGGCUCCGCCAGCAGCUUCAGCACCACCAGCAUCCGUCGGUCUGACAAUGAGGAGACCUUCGAAGAGUUCACUGCUAGAUUUGAGAAGGAGUUCGAACAAGUGAAUGAUGUCUUUGAGCUCCAGCGAAACCUAAACAAUGCCUUCGCAUAUGAUCUCGUCCCUUCGCCGUCCGUCCUCGUUGCCGCGUUGAAGGCCGCGAGAAGAGUUAACGAUUUCCCUACGGCUGUGCGGAUCUUCGAGGGCAUCAAAGCGAAGGUCGAGAACCGUGGACAAUAUGACCAAUAUCUCGAGGAACUCAAGCCGCUCCGGGAAGAGCUCGGCAUUAGCUUGAAGGAGGAUCUAUAUCCCGAGCCGGCAAAAUAG